AUGAGGACCUUCCUGGUGCUGCUGCUGCUGGCUGUUGUGUGUGCUUCUCUGGCCCGGGCCCUUCACUGCCAUGUGUGCUGUGGGCACGAGAACUGCGAGUCUCUCGUGGAGUGCGCCUUGACGGACAAGUUCUGUGUGAUCACUCGGGCCACCAACCCUGGUGGCAUCCUGGUCAUGAAGUCCUGCGCGCCAACCUGCCCCAACAGCACCGUGUCUUCCGACGGCCGUGCCUUGUCUGUCUUCUGUUGUGAGGGCAACCAGUGCAACCGUAGCGCUGCUUCAGGCCUGACCAGCAGCCUUGGGGCCCUAUGGGCCAGUGCCUCUGCCAGCCUACUGUGGGCGCUGCUUCGAGCUGCCUGGACCCUGGACAUGGCCAUCUGA